AUGGCCCCCCUGUCACAAAUCGUCCGUCGUGCUUUCAAUCCCGGACUUCCCUCCAACGAGUUCUCCGAGCAAUGGAAACAUCCGAGCGACGUUUUCUCCGUGCUCCUGAUUCUCGGUGGUGAUGUUGUUGCUCGCGCGCUAGCACAAUUGGUAGGAUCGCGCUUUACGCCAGUCGCGUUCUCGUUUGGUUGGGUUGCUUACGCGAUAACCGCUGUUGUUUCGGCGAUCGGCGAGAAUAAGCUGAUGCCACCCGCUGACUUCUCCUGCACUGUUAUCAAUGGCGAGACUGGGUAUACUCGCGAUAACAACAGCUGGAUUAUCGGCCGUAUGGUAAGAGACUUUGAGACAUGGAUGGACAAGCAACCUCGGGCAGUGGAGCCGUCAGCUCAGCCAUUGGACCCAAGUCCGAAUGCGGUCCGUGCUCGCGUUGAGGAAAUCAUCGAGCUGAAGUGGGAGGAUCUGAAACAACGUGCGAGGCAGAAAGGUCGGCCGGAACCGGAGCGACCGCCCAAGGCCGGACUUUGUGUUUCUGUCUACAGAGCAAGGAAAGCCACCAAGGGCUAUCCCGGAUACGACGCUCCGUACAUCGCCGGCUUCCUCACCUGCAUCGUCCAGCUUGGCGUGGCAGCUAUACCAUGCGGCAUAUUCGGCGACUGGAGCAUUCUUGUAAUUACGGCUGCCGGCAUCCUGUUGUCCUUUGCUUCUGGGGCUUUGCCGCAGUGGUCAAAGGAGAAGUGGGCGUGCCGAACCGACACGGAAAAGACCUUUGUGUUAACCCGUGGAAACGGCAGCCAACACGCCAUCGUGAUCCAGGGUGUGGGCAUCGGUCUGGAUCUUGAGGAUCUCGCUGCUGCCGAUUCGGGUGCGUUUGCCGAUCGGGAAACUAGAUUGAUUGUCACCGCUCUCGGCUUCCUCUGGAUCCUUCUCCUUAUCACCGCGUCGGGAAUCAGGCAGAAUACAUGGUUCCUCCUUGCAGUUGGUGGCAUAGGCAUUCUGCAGAACAUGUACGUCGCUGGCACGAGUCGCUCUCCCGAAGCAUUCGGCGUGCCUCUUGAGUUUGUGGAAGUCAUAGGCAAGCCCAAGGUCAUGGACACUUUGCUCGAAGUUGAGGAACGUUAUUCCCGCCUAGGGAAGAGUAUGCUGCCAAUUUUCUUCACGGGAGAAUUACGUGAGGAAGAACAAAAGAGAUGGGAUAAUUAUGACAAGAUGGCCAAGGAGGCAAGAGACAGAGCGAGGAAGGAGAAAGAAAAGAAGAAGGAAGAGUCGCGCAACCUUACCAACCACUAA